AUGGCGACACACAACAUUGUGGUUUUUGGUGGUGACCAUUGCGGUCCUGAGGUUGUCGCUGAGGCAGUCAAGGUUUUCAAGACAAUUGAGACCAACAGCCCCUCCGCUGGCAAGUUCAACCUCCAGGACCAACUCCUUGGUGGUGCCUCUAUCGAUGCCACCGGCUCCCCCUUGACCGACGAGGCCCUCGCCGCCGCCAAUGCCGCCGACGCCGUCCUCCUCGGUGCUAUCGGUGGCCCGAAGUGGGGUACCGGCGCCGUGCGCCCGGAGCAGGGUCUGCUGAAGCUGCGCAAGGAGAUGGGAACCUACGGCAACCUGCGCCCUUGCAGCUUCGCCUCCGAGGCUCUCGUCGACUUCUCUCCCCUCAAGGCCGACGUGUGCCGCGGCACCGACAUGGUCAUCGUCCGUGAGCUUACGGGCGGUAUCUACUUCGGUGAGCGCAAGGAGGACACUGGCGAUGGCAAGGCCUGGGACAGCGAGCCGUACUCCCGCGAGGAGGUCGAGCGCAUUGGCCGUCUGGCUGGUUUCCUGGCCAUUGCCCGCGGUGAGAAGACUGUCUGGAGUUUGGACAAGGCCAACGUCCUGGCCACCAGCCGUCUGUGGCGCAAGGUCAUCACCGAGCUCUUCGAGAAGGAGUUCCCCCAGCUCAAGAUCGAGCACCAGCUCAUCGACUCCGCCGCUAUGAUCCUGGUCAAGAACCCUCGCGCUCUGAACGGUGUUGUUGUCACCAGCAACCUGUUCGGUGACAUCAUUUCCGACGAGGCCAGCGUUAUCCCCGGCAGCAUUGGUCUGCUGCCCAGUGCUAGCUUGAGCGGUAUCCCCGACGGCAAGGGCAAGUGCAACGGUAUCUACGAGCCCAUUCACGGUUCCGCCCCUGAUAUCUCUGGCCAGGGCAUCGUCAACCCCAUCGGUACUAUUCUCUCCGUCGCCAUGAUGCUCCGCUACUCCCUCAACCUGCCCAAGGAGGCCCAGGCCGUCGAGGACGCCGUCAAGGCUGUUAUCGACAACGGCCUGCGGACGAAGGACCUCGGCGGCAACGCCGGCACCAAGGAGGUCGGUGAUGCGAUCGUUGCGGAGUUGACCAAGAUUCUCAAGGCAUAA